AUAGAAACGUGCUGUAAAACAUCUGUAUGGUUUAUCGUUUAAUUCGAUCUGCUCUCUGUUCAUGUUUGUCUUCAGUCAAGGUUUGAAAGCGCCAUGUUUGUUUUUGCGGGUAGUAUAUACUGACGGAAUGAAGUGACAAGUUCAUUUCUCUGGCCUCAACUGCUCAUAUCGUAACCUAAAGUUAAACAUUUUAAUCGGGAUAUUAAACUGAACAAAUUGUUUGGCUUUACGUGAUCAUUUCCUUCCGUUUCUCUAGUUUGUGCGUUGUUCAGAAUCGUGCGUUAGUUUUCAUGUAAUUGCUGUAAUUACGUUGAGAGUUUUUGGUUAUGAUUUUUUUUGUACGGUUUUUCGAUCUUAGAUGUGCACAAUCACGUGUGUGUGAGACGGUAAAUAUUGGUUAAAAAGUUUAAAUUCCAGCAUAGAGUGAAUUUUCCCACAUGUAUGCAUUAGUGUGACACUGUGAAACACGUCGUGAUGAAGGUGGAGCUGAAACUAUCCGAAACAGUGUGCUUUUAAAACAGUGAAACGUGUAAUUGUUUGGAGAUUUCUGAAGAGCAUCUCAAGUGCAGUUCCGUCAUUUGAGAUAAAGCUGCCAGCAACACACUUCAUCACCAGAAGCUGAGUAAGCCGACCGGCAGGGCUCCUCGUGGCGGGUCCUUGGAAAACUCUCUACGACCAGUGACGUCAUCUGCACCUCCGAACGACGUCGGUCCUCCUCGCCCUUAAUUGGACGACGCCCCGUGACGGACGACGCGGGAAUUACAUUCGAGUUCUUCUGGACUGCUAUGUGAUUCAGUAUGCUGAGGGCCACAUUCACUGGAGCCGAAUCGUCAACAGCGGCUUUGCAUUAAAGGGUGGGCAUGAUGCACUGCUUAUAACAUGAUGGCUCUCGGGUGGCACUGUCUUGCGCUGUUUGUGGCGCUCCUCAUGACCACGUGGGCUGAUACAGACUGGACCAAGUGCCCACAGUUUUGCAAGUGCAAAUGGGUGUCAGGUCGCAAAGCAGCGGAAUGCACCAACUCCAGCCUGACUUCAGUUCCUGACGGUCUGAGUCCCGACAUCCAGAUCUUGGACCUCGCGGGCAGCGCCCUGCGUGAACUGCCGAUGAAAGCCUUCGACAGAGUUAAACUCGUCAAUCUGCACAAGCUGUAUCUGCGAGACUGUGGCAUUCAAGAACUUCACAAAGAAGCAUUCCAUGGGCUCGCCAUUCUUAUCGAAUUAGAUUUGUCAGGAAAUCAGAUUCAUACGCUACAUCCCGGUAUAUUCCGCAAUAAUGUCCGCCUUAGAGUCUUAUACCUCAGCCGCAACCCAAUUGAAAAGCUUGAAGAUGGCCUUUUUAGUGACAUGACUUACCUUCAGACUGUGGAUCUGAGCGGGUGUCACCUGUCGCAUAUCGGACGCAAGACAUUUGUGAACACCCCAAAUCUCAAGUCACUAGCUCUAGAUGGAAAUAACUUGACAACGAUGAAAGUGGAGACUCUGGAGCCUCUUAACAUUCUCGGUGGCCUCGUUCUUCACCACAACCCUUGGGUCUGUGACUGUCACCUCAAAGAGUUCAGAGAUUGGACAAUAGCGCGCAAUUUGUAUGCCCAACCGACUGCAUGUGCUGAACCACCUGUACUCCAUGGCAAACAGUGGAGUGAUCUAAGUUCCAAUGAUCUUGCCUGCAAACCUCAGAUAGUGUACCCUACUUUUGGCACAUCCAUUGAAGUUGACGGUGGCAAUGUCACUUUGACGUGCCAGGUUAACGGAAACCCAAUGCCUGACGUGCACUGGGUAUUCAAUUCUAGGAUAAUCGGUAACUAUUCGAGGAGAAUGUACGGCGAUCAGAGGUACGUAGUAACGGAGAGCACCGAUAAGACUCGCUGGGUGAACCUAACGGUGACAAAUGUCCGUAACCAAGAUCGCGGUGAUUACACGUGUGUUGCAAAAAGUGGCGGUGGGGUUGUCGAGAGAAACGUGUCCCUCGUGGUAAACUAUCAGCGAGGUACUGUAAUGGUGGCAGGAGGCAGUGGAGGAAUUUCAGAGGCAUGGCCACUGUACGCUGGAUUGGUGAUCGGGAUGCUGGUCAUCAUCAUCAUCGUGCUGUCGCUGUCGUACUGUUACUGUAGGCAUCGCAGAAGCAGAAACAAUAAUUGUAACACCAAGAAGGCACCCAGUGAUGGAAUGCUGUCUUCUAAUGGUGACAUCAGCGGAUAUGCGGAGAUGAGUGAACAGGAGAAGAGUCUGCUGACCAAAGUGAACCCGGUGCAGAAACCACCCCGGCGACACGAGAGGCCGUCUGUGACUAGCUCUGGGACAGAGCUUACUGACAUGAAAUGUAACUUGCUUGACAAUGGAUCUGUGUUGCUUGCAGGUGGAAGUGUGGUCAGUAGUGACGACCGCCUAGAGGACCGCUCUGUCGACUCUACGGAUUCAGUCCCGCAGCAGCAGUCCCAGGAUGGGCUGGAUGCUGACUCGGGUCACUCGGAGAACGCGCGCGCGUACCCUCCCGACUUGCUAUCCUUCCCUUCGCGGGGGAGUCAGGUGUCUCCUGCUGGAAGCACGGCCUCCACGGCACCAGACAGCACACGUCUCCCAGCCCAGCAUGGGCCCCAGUCCCCAAUUCACAGCCCAGUGUACCACCCACAUCCUGGCAUGUCUGGAACUUUGCCCUACUCCCGCUCUCAGUCUCCAUUUUCUCCUGUGGUCCUUCCUCGCCAGGGUUAUGUCACCAUUCCGCGACGUCCUCGAGUUCCUUCGUGGAGCAGCGCUCCGACACCAACCCCAAUGGGAGGUGAUUCAAUGUUCAAAUUUGAACCAGUGUAUGAUAACCUGGGGCCAAGAACCACAGCAGAUGGGAGCUCAGUCCUCUCACUCAACAAAAGUGUAAGUGCUGAUCCUGCCAACCAGGCGCCGUCUUCCAUCCGCAGCCGCCCCUUACCUCCGACACCUGGUUACCACAGCGGUGCGCUGCCGGCCUAUUACGCACCCAUCGAGGAGCAAGAAGGUCAGCCAUCACCUGCACUGAUCACGGCAAAUCCAGGUACGAGAGGGAGUCUGAGGAGGAGUACACCCAACAUUAAUGUGACACUGAGUCCAAACCUUGCUCCGCAAGUUGUAGCAUCCAGCAGAUCUUCAAAGCAAGAUAAGGUGAAUGAUCCUAGCUCAGGAAGGCAGAGGGACAGUUGGGCUGGAAGGAGUGUACCAGAAGGUGCAAGUCUCAAUCGACGUGAAGAAGAACCAGGAACUUCCAACAAGAGAAACUCUCUGGUGGGCUCACCACCAGGAAGCUUUCUGCCUAAUGGACACAGUAGAGAGGUCAAAGUCCCUCCAAAACCACCACCAAAACCAAAAAAGAAGAACGUAGAAUCUGUGUCAGGUCCUUUGUUUGAGGAUGAGGGUGAAGAUGGAACUGAAGUGUGAGGGACACAAGAAAUCCAUGUGUGGUGCUAAAUUGGACCAAUCAUAAAAGAUGCAGGAAAAGUUAUUAAGCUGAUGUCGGUAGGUUUUAUGACAGGGUAACAAAAUAAAGAUACGAAUCGUACGUA